ACAUAAUCGAUCACUAGCCAAUGGAGCCCUUAGAAACAACCACAAAAAACCCUAAAAUAGAGGAAUUAGAUGAUUAUGUAAAACAUCUUGAAAUUUCACUCCCAAAGGAAUUAUGGAUGGAUGCUUUUCCCAUAAGUCUAUACGAGGGUUAUUGGUGUUCCCCUAAUAUUUUUAAAUCUACUAUCUUAUUUCAAACCCAAUUUGAGGCACACGACACAGAUAUCCUUCUAGCUAGCCUUCCAAAAACCGGCUCUACUUGGUUACGAUCCCUCCUUUUUGCUAUUGUAAAACGGAAUAUCUUUUCCGAUUUUAACAAACACCCACUUCAUACUCAAAAUUCUCAUGAACUUGUUGUUCAUAUGGAGUUCCCACCUGAAAAUAACACUAAUGGAACCCUACCUGAUCUGACCAAAUUACCCUCGCCUCGACUCUUAGCCACCCAUAUACCUUAUUUAUCACUACCAAAAUCAGUAAAAACUUCUAAAACUCGAAUUAUUUAUGUGACUAGAAAUCCUUUUGACACUUUUAUUUCGUCAUGGCAUUUUUAUCAUCGGCUUAGCCAUAACAUGAGCACAGAGCUAGAUCAUAGUAAGUCUGAGGAAUAUUUUGGUAAGUUUUGUGAAGGGAAAUUUCCUUAUGGUCCUUAUGAAGAUCAUGUACUUGGGUAUUGGAAGGAAAGCAUACAAAACCCGAAUAAGGUGUUGUUCUUGGAAUAUGAAGGGCUAAAGGAGGAUCCGAAAGCUCAUUUGAAAAAGCUUGCGGAGUUUGUGGGUUACCCGUUUUCGGAAGAAGAGGAAAACAAAGGUAUCAUAGAUGGUAUUAUCAAGCUUUGUAGCUUUAAAAAUUUGAAGGAAAUGAAAGUGAAUGAUAGUGGUAAUGCUUAUGGAAUUUUUGAGAACAAAGCUUUGUUUAGGAAAGGGGAAGUUGGAGAUUGGACUAAUUAUUUGACUCCUUCAAUGACAAAUAGGUUUGAUCAAAACUUCCAUGAAAAGUUUAAGGACACUAAUUUUUCUUCUAAAUAUUAUCAACCCUCUUUUUAAGCUCCACGAUAAGAUUUCCUCAAAAAAGAAAAAAUAAAUAAAUAAAAACUUCCACGUUAAGAUUGAUGCAGUGUUAUUUUAUUUAUGUUUUAUGUAUUAUGAUGUCAACUAGUGUGUGACCCGUCCAAUAUUUACCAUUUGUUGGAAGGGGAGCUUAGCUUAUUGUUUUUAUGAUUAUUAUUAUAUUUAGUUUAGCUUAUACAUUGAGUCGAAUCAUCAGUUUGAAUUUAAAAUAAUAUUGUUCUUGUUCUUGUUUGA